AUGUCUCGGAGGAAGUCAAGGGCCCCCGACAUACCUAACUGCCCAGAUAUACUCAGAUGGCUGGAGAGAAGGCAAGAAUGUCCAGACAGAGGCCAACAAAUGCAAGCAGGUGUGAAGAAAGAGGGCCAGAAGCGCCAGGCCAAGCAGAAGAAUGAGGGAGAUCCAAGUAUUAUCAAGUCUCCUAGUGAUCACAAGCAAUACAGGUAUAUUAAGUUAAAAAAUGACUUAAAUGUUCUCUUAAUAUCUGACUUGACUGUUGAUGACUGCAAUUCUUCUGAGACAUCUGAAGAGGAGGAGGAGGAGGCAAUGUCCUCUGAAAUUGAUGAGGAAGAAAAUUAUGAAGAAGGAAAAGGCAACAGUCUUGAGGUGAAGGAUGAAGGAGACUUUGCAGAAGCAUAUCAUGGUACAGGUGAAGAUGAAGGCAAAGAAGCAUCUAGUGAUGGUAGUGGGGAUACCAGUGAAGGAGAGCAGCAGGUCAGCGACCAUGAAGAGUUUGAAGAACUGGUCCAAAAAGAAGAUGAAAAGAAGAGGGGGAGUGCAGAAAAGCAGUCUGCAGCUGCCCUGGCCAUUUGCAUUGGCAGUUUCUGUGAUCCUGAAAAGUUACCUGGACUAGCCCAUUUGUUGGAACACAUGGUAUUUAUGGGUAGUGAAAAAUACCCAGAGGAAAAUGGGUUUGAUAGAUUCUUAAAGACUCAUGGCGGUUCAGACAAUGCUUCGACUGGCACAGAACAAACAGUCUUCCAAUUUGAUAUCCAGAAGAAACAUUUUAAAGAAGCUCUUGACAGAUGGGCACAGUUCUUCAUUCACCCACUGAUGAUUAAGGAUGCAAUUCACCGGGAAAUUGAAGCUGUGGACAGCGAAUAUCAACUGGCAAAGCCUUCUGAUGAGAAUAGAAGGGAGAUGUUGCUUGGAAGCCUUUCAAAACCAGGACAUCCUAUGAGAAAAUUCUUUUGGGGUAAUGCAGAGACCCUGAAACACCAGCCAAUGAAGAAUAAGAUAGAUACUUAUGCAAGGCUGAAGGAAUUCCACAAGCGCCACUACUCUGCACACUACAUGAACCUAGUUGUCCAGUCUAGAGAAACCCUUGAUUCCUUGGAAAAAUGGGUGACAGAAAUCUUCUCACAGAUCCCCAAUAAUGAUUUGCCCAAGCCAACCUUCAAUCAUCUGCAGAACCCUUUUGACACACCUGAAUUUCACAAGCUUUACAGAGUUAUUCCAGUCAAAGAAAUCCAUUCUUUGAGCAUCACUUGGGGUCUUCCCCCACAAGCAAAGCAUUACAGGGUGAAGCCACUUCAUUACAUCUCUUGGCUGAUAGGACAUGAAGGCAAAGGCAGUGUCCUUUCUCUUCUCCGGAAAAAUUUUUUGGCUGUUUCACUAUAUGGAGGAAAUAAUGAGAUGGGAUUUGAACAGAACUCAACAUAUUCCAUCUUCAGCAUUUCUGUCACUUUGACAGACAAAGGUUUUGAGCAUUUCUAUGAGGUUGCUCAUCUUGUUUUCCAAUAUUUGAAGAUGCUACAAAAACAGGGACCUGACAAAAGAAUAUGGGAAGAGAUCCAAAAGAUUGAAGGCAUUGGAUUUUGCUUCCAAGAACAGACUGGCCCAAUUGAAUACGUAGAAAGUGUUUGUGAAAAUAUGCAUCUAUUUCGGAAGGAGGACUUGUUGAUAGGAGAUCAGCUGUUAACCGAAUACAAUCCAGAAGUAAUUUCUGAUGCUGUUAACCACCUCACCCCCCAAAAAGCCAACCUUUUCCUGUUAUCUCCUGCCCAUGAGGGAAAGUGUCCCUUGAAGGAAAAAUGGUUUGGGGCCCAAUACUCUGUAUCAGAUAUUGAUGAAUCUUGGAGCAACCUCUGGGACACUGACUUCCCAUUAAAUCCAGAUUUACACCUGCCUGAAGAAAACAAAUAUAUAGCCACAGAUUUCUCUAUGAAGAAAUCAACUGAUCGUAGCACCAACUACCCACGCAAGAUAUUGGAUACACCCCGGGGCUGCCUGUGGUACAAAAAGGACAAUAAAUUUACCAUCCCCAAAGCUUUCGUCUGUUUCCACCUUGUCUCUCCACUGAUACGGAACUCUGCAACACAUAUGGCGCUUUUUGAUACUUUUGAAAGUAUCCUUACUCACAAUCUUGCCGAACUUGCAUAUGAAGCAGAUCUUGCUCAACUGGAAUACAAAAUUGAAGCCAAAGAACAUGGCCUGGUCAUUCGAGUGCAAGGCUUUAACCACAAACUACCACUGCUCUUUCAGUUGAUUAUUGACCACAUAUCUGACUUCAGUGUCCCGCCAGCAGCCUUCCAGAUGAUAACUGACCAACUGAAAAAGACAUAUUUUAACUUUCUCAUCAGCACAGAAACACUGGCAAAAGAUCUACGGCUGUCAAUACUGGAGCAUGGCAGGUGGUCUUUGAUAGACAAAUAUGAGGUUUUAAAUAAUGGUCUUCCCAUAGACGCUCUGCUAGAAUUUGUGAAUGCUUUCAAAUCUCGCUUGUGGGUUGAGGGACUUAUCCAAGGAAAUUUCACACGCAAUGAAGCAAAGGAGUUUCUGGACUAUAUUGUCGAAAAACUGAAGUUCGUUCCACUUGAACACCCGUGUCCAGUACAGUUCCGGGUGAUAGACCUCCCAGUUAGUCACUACCUGUGUAAAGUGAAAUCCCUUCACAAAGGUGAUGCAAACUCCUUGGUCACUGUCUACUACCAGACUGGUGCUAGGAGUUUAAAAGAAUGUACGCUCAUGGAAUUGCUUGUGAUGUACAUGGAGGAGCCGUGUUUUGAUUACCUGAGAACCAAGCAAACCCUGGGCUACCAUGUCUACCCUGCCACAAGAAACACGUCUGGGAUCCUGGGUUUUUCUGUUACUGUAGCAACACAGGCAACCAAAUAUAACACUGAAUUAGUCGAUAGAAAAAUAGAGGAUUUCUUUGUCCGCUUUGAAGAAAAACUCCAAAAUUUAUCCGAUGAGCAAUUUACAGCUCAGGUCUCAGCUCUAAUAAAGCUGAAACAAGCUGACGAUGCUCAUCUUGGCGAAGAGGUGGAAAGGAACUGGAUUGAAGUAAUCAGUCAACAAUAUGUGUUUGACAGAUAUGUCCGAGAGAUUGUUGCGCUGAAGAGCCUUUCCAAAGAGGAUCUGGUUGACUGGUUCCUGUGGCAUAGGACCAAGAACAGAAAGGUGUUGAGCACCCAUGUGGUUGGAUACGGUCAACAGGAAGGAGACUCCAAAGUUAAACUUCCCGCCACUGUUCAGGCACCUGAACUAAUAUUUUUACCAUCUUCUCCUCUCUUGAAUUGCCCUGCUAUUAUGGACAUCCGAGCUUUCACCUUACCUCUGAAUUUUAAUCCUUAUCACAAGAUUAUAAAAUAA